UUUUUUUUUUUUUUUUUGUGGUAAAAUAAAACUUUGAAAAGUUUUGGUGGUAUAAAACAAUUUCGUGAUUUUUUUGGUGGUAAAAGUCAAAAUUUCCUAAAAAAAACCAGAGAUAAAGAGAGUCUAAUCUCAUACAGCUAAGAUGGAGGGUGAUACCACACCAUUUUGACCUCAACUUAUAAUUACUACACCAAACGAAAACAAUGCUUAUCGGGUUAAAUGAGGUUAAGUAAUUUAGGGUUAAAUAUAGACUUCAGGCCUAACGAUGGGGUUCAAUUUUGCUAACCCUAACAAGUAACAAGAGUAUUGGGCUUAUUACGUGAGGAGUAUGACAACCAAAAUGGAUAUGUCUUGUAAUAGAAGAAUAAAAUAAUACUUCUAUAGAAAUCCAAAUCCAAAAAAGAAAUAAAUGAAAGAAGAAGAAAAAAAAAAAAACGAAAACGCAAUCCUGGUGUGUGAAAAAUCGCCGAUGCACCAAAACAGAAUCUUCGCAUUUCAAUCCAACUUUCCAGCUUUUUCCCUAAACCACUCCUCUGCUCCCUUCAUUUCAUUUUAUUUUUAAUUUCAAUUCAAUUUUCUCUCUCCUCUUGAUUCCAUUUCUUGUCUUUCUCUCUCCUCUAUUUAUCACCGUCACUAUCCCUUUCCUCCAUUUCUGUACUUUAGCUUUUCAUUCACUGAAUCAUAAAUUUCAUAUUUCUCACCAUUUUUAUUAUUAUUUUUUUAUUUCCCAAAAAAAUUGAAGGAAAAUAAAUAAUGGGGUUGGUAUGUCCUGAGCUGAGUUUAGAUUUGAAACCGAGUUAUGUUUCUGAAACGAUUAAUGGGUUUCUUAGUGAAGUUUCGAUGAUCGGUGAUGUUUCUGAAAGAUUAAAUAAGGUUGAUGGAUUUGUCACCCAAUUAGAAGCUGAAUUAAACAAGAUUGAAGUUUUUAAACGAGAACUUCCUCUUUGCAUGCUUCUCUUAAAAGAGGCAAUUUCAUAUUUAAAGCAAGAAUCAUCACAAUACAAAACAAGAAAUGCUCAUCAACCAGUUUUGGAAGAGUUUAUUCCAUUGAAAAAAGAGGCUGAAAACACUGAAUUGAACAAAACAAGUGAGGAUGAUUCUGGGAAAGAUAAGAAGAAUUGGAUGAGCUCUGUUCAACUAUGGAAUUCGCCUCACUUGAUUCGCAAUUCGAAUUCAAACCAAGUCCAAAACCAUGUUUCCGAAUCACCAAAGGAAGAUGAGAAAAAAAAUCAAAAUUUGGGGGGUGAAAUACAUGAUCUUAGUAAAAUUAGGGGAGGAUCAAAAGGGUUUGUUCCCUUAGUUCAUGGUAAUUACCCUACUAGUAAUUUCCCUGAGUUAAGAAGGAAAGUGGAUAAGGAGGAUGUAAGUGUUUCAGGACUUACUUUGGUGGUUCCUGGAAUGAUCAAUCAUCCGGAAGAGGAUUCGAUUUCUAGGGUGUUUAAUCCUAAAUUAGGGAGCACCCGGGUUUCGAAUUCGUCUCCCCCUGCUUCCAUUGGACGGCCUUCCCAUCAGCAGCCGUCUGCUCGGAAGCAGAGGAGAUGUUGGUCACCUGAAUUGCAUAGGAGAUUUGUUGAUGCCUUGACACAACUUGGUGGUCCACAAGUGGCAACUCCGAAACAAAUUCGUGAGCUGAUGAGGGUGGAUGGGCUAACAAAUGAUGAAGUUAAGAGCCAUUUGCAAAAAUACAGGCUUCAUACUAGACGAGUCCCGAAUGAUUCAGGGAACAAAAACGAGCAGGCCAUGAGUGGUUCGUGGACAGCUCAGGACCAAUACAGCGAAUCCUCGAAGCCAAGCAGCUCGCAGUCUGCCUCACCCGAGGGUCCUCUACAGUUUCCAGGGCUUACAGGGUGUACCUCAACCACUGGAGGUGAUAGCAUGGACGAAGAAGAUGAUGAUAAAUCCGAAACCCAUAGCUGGAAAGGUCAUGCCCAUAAAACAGGAAAGGAUGAUGUAUAGUAAAUGUAUAACAACUACUACUAGAUCAAGUUUUGGCAGAUAUAAUUAUACAUGGAGAAUUCCGUACAAGAACGAACAUAGUACUUUAAGUUGAUUAUUACUACAGCCUAAUAACCUGGGUUCGAGUUUAUACUUGAUAGAGGGCAAUCUGGGAUGGACUGAUGAAUUUUUGCAGGAUUAGGAGUGUAGUUCCCUUGGAUCUUGACUCUGUAUCUUCUUGAGUCAUUGUUUUUAGUCUUUGUAAUUGUGCCGGCUUAAUUUUCAAGAUCCAGGUGCGAACUAGAGAGUUUAGUGUGAAACAGAAUAUUUUGGUGGGGGGGUUUGGGGCUGCUAAGGCGCGCAUCAUGCGUUGUUGAAGUAUUUUACAAGUAUAGAUCAAACUUUUUGCUCAUCUGUAUGAUGCUUUAUUCUGUUUCACACCGACGGUGUAAUUCAAACCAAGAAUGUGACAACUAAAGGCUUGUUUGACAUUGUUUUUUUUUUUUAGUUUUCUGUUUUUUUU